AUGUCCAACGAGCACCAUAUGCCUCUUACUAGGACCAUAUUGGAUCCAAAUACAACAAUACUGGAUUCAGUAUUAAAUACUGGACGUCUCAAAAUUCGCGAAGCCCUGUACAUCAACAAAUACAAACCAACAUUAAACAAACAAUAUAAUAGUUUCGAUUAUACCCUUCAAUUAUUUUCUCAAUAUAGUGAACUGAUACCAACGAUUGCAGUCGAAAACAAGCCAGCAGACGUUUCAGUACCCACACGAUACGAAUAUCGUUCUAAGUCUGACAAUUUUCGACCAGUUAAUACACAGUUAUUAACGUCACGUCCGAAAUCCAUGGUCAUCACGUCACUUGCUACCUUAUUCAAUAACUGCUAA